UUAGUUUUGUAAUUAGACUUUAUUUAAUACUUGUAAAUGAUAAGAUUUUUUUUGACGUGACUCCUCUUUAGGUACACCCUCAUGUGAUCUCAGAAGUUCUCUGAGCACGAACACCAGUCAGUACUUCAACUCGUCAAAUCUUCGUCCUAGAUCCCCCUUCCCCCAGUUACUCCCAGCUUUGCCGGGGGCGGUGGUCUAGUGUGCCACAACUCAACACAGACGCGUGGCAAAUUUCACCAGAUGUCCACCGAUCCAGCCCCCCGCGUCCUGACUCGUGUCCGUUUGCUCCGACAAGCUCGGCGUGGAUCCACCCGUGGUACGAAUAAACUAGCACGGAACGUGCACUGGCAGGCUCACGAGUCCGAGGAGUCCUCAUCCCACGCCGACAAACCCCGACGCGCCUGUCUCCCGCGCGACCUCCCACGCCGCCGGUGCAGCGUACGCGGGCGGCAACCGCCCGCCGCUCCGCAAGCAACCCUGCCUACGUGUCGCUCGAUCCGCGCCGCCCCAUGAGGGCAGUGGGAGGCAGCGGCGUCAGAGGCCGAAGCCUUGGUGUUUCCUGCCGCCCCCGCAGCCUCUUCCCCGUGCUCCGGCCGUGUCUGCCGAGGCCUCCGCGCGAGAGCCCGAUAAAUAGGCGGCGGGGUUCAGCACCGGCCGGCACGCGACGCAAUGCGACACGAAGAUACCAAAAGUCAAGGAGCUGAGGAGGAGCUGAGGAUGGAGGGGCAGUUGCUGGCGAGGAUGAGGAGGAGGGAUCACCUGCUGCUCGCGGACAGCGCCGGGGCGGCCGGGCCGCUGGCGGUGCUGUCGCCGCAGACACCGAUGGAGCCCAUGGAGUUCCUGUCGCGGUCCUGGAGCGUGUCGGCCUCGGAGAUUUCCAAGGUGCUGGCCGGCGGCGUCGGCGGCGGGAGGCGGAGCUCCAACUUCGUCGUCGACCGCCUGUCCGGGAUGCUCAUGCCGGAGACGCUCGCGCUCGCCGCCGCCUCCGGCACCAACAUCAGCCCCCGCAAGCGCACCCUCAGGAGCCGGAGCGCGAUCUCGGCGCACCAGGUCCACCACGCGGUCCAUCACACGGUCCACACGAUCGGGAAGUGGUUCCACCACUGGGACUCGAGCAGCCGGGUGGACAAGGCCCGCGCCGAGCGGGCGCGCGUGCACGCCGCGGUCUCCGUGGCGAGCGUGGCGGCCGCGGUCGCCGCCGUGGCCGCGGGCCCGGGCGCGGACGCCGAGGGCGCCAGGAUGGAGACCGCGCUGGCGUCCGCGACGCAGCUGCUGGCCUCGCACUGCGUCGAGAUCGCCGAGCUCGCGGGCGCCGACCACGACCAGGUGGCCUCCGUCGUGGAGGCCGCCGUCGACGUGCGGAGCCCCGGGGACCUCCUGACCCUCACCGCCGCCGCGGGCACAGCCCUCAGGGGAGCCGCGGCGAUGAGGCACAGAGCGCAGCGGGAGGCGAGGAGCAGAGCCGCCGUGGCGCCGUACGAGGCGAGGGCCGGCAGCUACCGCGCGGACGUCUGGUGCAAGGAAGGGGCGCUCCUCAAGCGCAGCCGCAAAGGCGCUCUGCACUGGAAGCAGGUCGCCGUGUACAUCAACAGGAAGUCGCAGGUGAUCGUGAAGGUCAAGAGCAAGCACAUCGGCGGCGCCUUCUCCAAGAAGAAGAAGGGCGUCGUGUACGGCGUCUACGACGACCUCCCGGCGUGGCCGGCGCACGAGGGCGGCGGCGCGCCGGGCUCGGCGGCGGAGGCGUGCCAUUUCGGGCUGAGGACGGCGCAGGGCCUGCUGGAGUUCCAGUGCGAGAGCAGGGCGCAGAGGCAGGACUGGGUGGAGGCGGUGAAGAACCUGAUCCGCCAGGUGGCCGGCGGGACUGCUCAGCUCGAGCACUCCUUCGAGUCUCUCAGGCUCAGCUCGUCCUAAGUUUGGACGUGUCUGUCUGGUCUGGCGUGUAAAUAACUAAAUAUGCACCCGUUUGGGUUUGCAGAAUAAUGUGCAGAACUGUAUGCAGUAGAUAAAAGUUAAUCUCAAGAACGCAAUCCAUCCUC